AUGAAUAUUAAAGAAUGUGAUACGAAAACUAACUAAAAAGCUAUUAAAAGUGCUUUAAAAAAGGAACUAUCUAAUGAAGAAUAAAUGUUUCGUAGAUACGAUAGAAAAGGUAGAGAAAUUACUUUUGGCUCUAAAUAUGAAGUUACAAUUGAUGAACAUGUUCAAUUCUUAUUAGCGAUCCCUCCAGUCUCUACGCCAAGAAACAGGACUAAGUCACCCGUUGGUGUACCAAUGAGUGCAAGAUCCCCUAGGAGUAAGUCUCAAAUAACAGAAUAAGGUGGAAAUUCCACUCCUAUCGCGAUUUCUUAAAAAAAAUUAGAAUUCACAUAAAAAGAAGAAGAAUCUUUAAGAAUAUUGGAGAAGAAAUAUUAAAAAUAAAAAAUGCUUGGUAAAUAAUAAAAGUAGUGUUGUGUUAUAUGGUGA